AUGCCAAACACCGGCAAACCAAACUCCAAUUGCUAUCUCAGUCGCCAGAGGAGGGCCAAAUGCGAUCUGGCUCGACCUAGGUGCCAGAGAUGUGUCAAAUACGGGGUUGAGUGCCGAAGUGUCACAGACCCUGAAUUCGGUCUUUCAGCAGCCGCCGCGAAGUACCAAUCAAUGCACCGGAAACGGAUGCCCUCCGACGGCAAAUCGAACGCGAAAUGACGAUUUUACGCUAGAAAAUGUAGUUUGAGAAACGCACUUCUGUCUGAACUCUGUAUGUCGGUAUAUGAUGCCACAAACCGGGGUUGGGCGCGGAGCUUUCGGCCUAACGGCCGAGCUCGUGCUGAGCAACGCGGAGGUCGCGGAUGCCGCAGCAACUCAACGCCACGCGGUAUAUCUCAA